AUGGCCCAACAUAGCCGCUGUGAAUCCUUCUCGGGUACCCUAACAAUCUCCAGCUCCAUUGACCCUGCAGACACUGAUCUGUCUUGGCCUUUUGGAGACCUUGAAGGCCUUGACAAGGAUGACGUCCGUGAGACUGCCUACGAGGUCUUCUUCACCGCCUGCCGCUCCUCCCCUGGCUUCGGAGGUGGCCGCAAUGCCAUCAACUUUUAUUCCAAUCAUCAGCAUCAACAUCAUGAUGGGGAUGGAGCAGGAACUGGCUCACCUACUGGUCGUAUGGGCAGUGGUCCGGUGGUGGUGAUGUCCCCGACGAGUCGGAUAAAGCGAGCUCUGGGGCUGAAGAUGCUGAAGAAGUCCCCUACAAGGAGGAUGUCGGCUGUAGGCAGCGGUGGAGGUGGGUCGGCUCCGGGGUCACCGAAUGGUCCGGUACAUACUGGAGGGACAAGUCCUGCCAUGGGGUUUGCCACGGUUCCAAUCACCACAGGGAGACCUCGGAGGCCGCUGACAUCCGCGGAGAUAAUGAGGGCGCAGAUGAGAGUGACGGAGCAUAGUGAUAAUAGGUUGAGGAAGACGCUCAUGAGGACUCUUGUUGGCCAAAUGGGCAGGCGAGCAGAGACAAUAAUCCUGCCAUUGGAGCUCCUACGACACCUAAAGCCAUCAGAGUUUAAUGACAGCCAAGAGUACCAUCUCUGGCAAAGGCGUCAGCUCAAAAUCCUGGAGGCUGGUCUCCUCCUCCACCCUUCAAUCCCGCUUGAUAAAUCAAACUCUUAUGCUAUGCGUCUCCGUGAAAUUAUCCGUGCUAGCGAGACCAAACCUAUUGACACAGGCAAAAAUUCUGACACCAUGAGAACCUUAUGCAACAGUGUUGUUUCCUUGUCUUGGCGAAGUGCCAACGGUACACCUACCGAUGUAUGCCAUUGGGCUGAUGGAUUUCCACUCAACAUUCACCUAUACAUUUCUCUUCUUCAAUCAAUAUUUGAUUUUAGGGAAGAGACGUUAGUCCUUGACGAGGUUGAUGAGCUUGUUGAGUUAAUGAAAAAGACAUGGUCUACACUAGGAAUCAAUAGACCAAUACACAAUCUGUGCUUUGCUUGGGUACUUUUCCAGCAAUACGUACUUACUUCACAAGUAGAACCGGAUCUUCUUUAUGCGACACAUGCUUUGUUAUCGACAGAUGUGGCUAAUGAUGCAAAGAAGCCAGACCGAGAGGCUAUGUAUGUGAAGCUUUUGUCUUCUAUGUUGGCUUCAAUGCAAGGGUGGGCAGAGCGGAGAUUGCUUCACUAUCAUGACUGUUUCCAGAGAGGAAAUGUUGUCCUGAUUGAGAAUCUUCUGCCUUUGGCAUUAUCAGCAUCAAAAAUUUUGGGUGAGGAUGUGACGAUUACAGAAGGGGUCGGGAAAGAGAAAGGAGACACACAGAUAGUUGAUUCAUCUGGGGAUCGUGUGGAUCACUAUAUUCGAGCUUCUAUAAAGAAUGCAUUUGCAAAGAUAAUAGAAACCGGAAGCUAUAAGAGUACAAGUCUGGAAGUGAAAGAUGAAGCAAGCGAGGCUCUCCUGCAGUUAGCAAAAGAAGCUGAGGAUUUGGCCUUGAGAGAAAGGGAGAGUUUUAGUCCCAUACUGAAGAAAUGGCACCCCAUUGCAGCUAGCGUUGCUGCUGUAACACUACACCAGUGCUAUGGAGCAGUUUUGAAGCAAUAUCUUCAUGGGAUGUCCACUCUUAAUAAUGAGACUGUUGCAGUACUGCAGAGUGCUGGAAAACUUGAAAAGGUUUUGGUUCAAAUGCUGGUUGAAGACUCCGUCGAGUGUGAGGAUGGAGGUAAAACAAUCGUACGAGAGAUGGUCCCAUACGAAGUUGAUUCAGUCAUAUUGAGGCUUAUGAAACAAUGGAUUGAAGAGAGGUUGAAAAGAGGGCGAGAAUGCCUUAUCCGAGCCAAAGAUUCUGAAACAUGGAAUCCUAAGUCCAAACACGAGCCACACGCGACAUCAGCUGCGGAGUUAGUAAAAAUAGCCAAAGAAGCUGUUGAUGAUUUCUUUCAAAUUCCUGUUGGAAUUACUGAUGAUCUGAUUUAUGAUCUAGUCGAAGGUUUGGAGAGUCUCUUCAAGGAUUAUACCAACUUGGUAGCAGCUUGUGGAUCAAAACAGAGCUAUGUUCCUACACUCCCUCCUCUAACCAGGUGCAAUCGUGACUCAAAGUUCCUUAAACUGUGGAAGAGAGCUACUCCUUGCACUGUCAACUCAGAUGAUAUGCACCAAUAUGGUGUAAACGAUGCUCACCAUCCUCGGCCAUCAACAAGCCGUGGAACACAACGGCUUUACAUACGGCUCAACACUUUGAACUAUCUUCAAUCUCAUCUCCACUCUCUAGAAAAGAACCUCGCUCUUGCCCCAAGAACCACUGCAUCCCAUGGUUAUCAUCGCAAGCAACACAUCAAUUCAUCUUCCUACUUUGACCUAUCCCUUGCAUCCAUCCAAUCUGCCUGCCAACAUGUGUCAGAAGUUGCUGCUUAUCGUUUGAUAUUCCUCGACUCGAAUUCUGUUUUUUAUGAUGCUCUCUAUGUUGCUGAUGUAGCAAAUGCAAGGAUCAAGCCUGCACUGAGAAUUCUCAAACAGAAUCUUACUCUGUUGACAGCAAUUCUCACAGACCGCGCCCAACCUGUGGCAAUGAGAGAAGUCAUGAAGGCCUCUUAUGAGGCCUUCCUCAUGGUUUUGCUUGCCGGUGGCUACAGCCGGGUAUUUUAUCGAUCCGAUUAUCCCAUGAUUGAGGAGGACUUUGAGAGCUUGAAGCGCACAUUUUGCACUUGUGGUGAAGGAUUGAUGAAUGAGGAGGUAGUGGAAAAGGAGGCUGAGAUUGUUGAAGGGGUGAUAGCAUUGAUGGGUGAUAGUACAGAGCAACUAAUGGAAGAUUUCAGUAUCCUGACCUGUGAAGCAAGUGGCAUAGGAGUUGUGAGUUCAGGUCAAAAACUACCAAUGCCACCAACAACAGGACGAUGGAAUAGGGCAGAUCCAAACACAAUACUAAGGGUGUUGUGCCACAGGAAUGAUAAAGCAGCAAAUCAGUUCCUGAAAAAAACAUUCCAGCUAGCUAAAAGAAGAUAA